AUGAAUUUCGCCAUCUACCUUCUCGCUUUCAUCGCCUGUCUCGCUAACUUUGGAUUUUCACAGGGUAAUCCAGGACUCUCAUUUGAUCCAGAAGAAGAUUCAGUAAAUAUUAAUGGCAAAGUGCCAGUGGGAGCAGUGAAGACGUUGGUUAAUGAUCUUGUGAGCCCUACUAUUGCAAUUGUGGAGAAAACAUUAUCCUCAUUGUCAGUUUAA